CUCGUCAUCUGAAUUUGUUGCCGCAAUACCUAAUCCCCCGAAACUCCAGCAAACAUGCAUCUCCGGCAUCUGCAAGUACACCGGAGGGCCGACGGGCUUUUUGGGUUUGGUAACAUUGCUCAUGAGAUCGACGUCUCAUCCGACGGCUCAAAGCGCCAUGUACAAAAGAGACAACCACAAGAAGUAAGGACUGUCUUCAAGACAAUGGAAGCUACUUUCGAAGGGAAGAUUGGUGGCUACAAAACAGUAGGCCAUGAGCCUAAACCAACGGGCUCCUCAAAUGACGACGACGAGACAGACUCGAAGAAGGAGGCCGAAGAAAAGAAGAAGGAAGAGGCUGAAGAGAAAAAGAAGGAAGCCGAAGAAGCUAAGGAAAAGGCAAAAGAACAGGCGGAGAAGGAGGAAGAAGCAGCGAAGAAAAAGGCUGCCGAAGACAAGGCGAAACAGGAAAAGGCGGAGGAAGAGAAGAAAAAGGCAGAAGAGGCUGCCAAGAAGAAGGCUGCCGAGGAUGCCAAGUCUCGCAGCAAAUCCGAGGAUGACGAUGCGAAGGAGAGCUCAACAGCUAAACCGACCAGAACUCGCGCCCAAAUUACCACUAGUAACGACCCAUCGAGCGUCCCCUCCGUUCUUAGCGAUCCCACUGGCAGUCAAUCUAUCGAAUCCAUUCUCGCCAAAGCCACCGGCUCAGCUUCUGCUUCCACAACCAUCGAUGAAGUUGCCGACAUGUCUGGAGCCUCAAGUCUACCUAGCUCCAGCUCCAGUGCUGCGCCAGAAGCUAGUGGUGGCACCAGCGCAGGAACCAAGGCUGGAAUCGCGUUUGGUGUUCUUGGCGGAUUACUUGCCAUGGGCUUGCUUGUCUACUUUAUCUUCACUAAACGCCGAAAGCAGGCUGAGAUGGAAAGACUCGAGAAUGAUGAUGAGAAGCUUCAUGGCCCGAUGGCUGGUAACGGUGGCCCUCCUAUGGUUGCCGCAGCUGCUGUGCGUCGUUCUAUGUCUCCCGAGCCCAUUGAAACUGCCUCUAUCCGCACUGAUGCAAAGGCUCCCCGUGUUAGUCUCCGACCCGUCACCCAAUUCCUUCCCAACUGGAACGGCCUUGAAAAGGAGAAGCGCGCGAGCAAAGGUGCAGGGUUAACUCUUGCUGUACCCGCUGCCGCUUCUUCGCCUGCUGCUGGUCCCUUGUCCCCUCGAACCGUUGGAGGCAGUGCCUGGGAGCGUCCAUCAACAGCUCAAAGCGUCGAUCCUGCUAACCCCUUCGGCACACAGGCCGAGCGUGUUCCAUCUCCCGUUCAGGAAGAGACUGCUUCUGCGCUGAGGGCUUCUCCCAGCCCCAUGUCGGAAAAGUCGACCAUGGCUGUUGCUGCCGCCGCCGCCGCUCCAGUCUCACCUCAAUCACCUUCUUCUCCACAGGGACCCGCCACCGCCAAUGGACCUGCAGUUGCCGCUAUUGUCGCUCGUAAGACUUCGAUUCGCAAGGCUGGAGGCCCUCAGCAACUUGACCUGACCCUUCCGAAUGCCCCUAUGGCAGCCGUUCCCGCUAGUCCUGCUGGUACUGAGUACAGUAGCUCUUCCGCUCCUUCUGGAGGUCCCGACAGUCCUUCUGCAGGCGCUGCGGCCAUUGCUGCUGCUGGUGGACCCGCAAACUCGGCCGUUCACCGCGUGCAGCUUGACUUCAAGCCCACUAUGGACGAUGAAUUGGAACUCAGAGCUGGUGACCUUGUGCGACUCCUUCACGAGUACGAUGAUGGCUGGGCUCUCUGCAUCCGACUUGACCGUUCUCGACAGGGCGUUGUUCCUCGAACCUGCUUGUCAACUCGUCCUGUGAAGCCCCGCCCUGCUCAAGGCGGCCCUCGCCCAGGCCCUCCUGUUAAAGCUGGUGGGCCUCCCCGAGGACCUGGACCUAAUCAACCUCAACGACCUAUGACCCCUCAAGGAAACUUUGGUCAAGCUCGACCUGCCUCACCUGCCGGUCCUAAUCCUAAUGGCAGUCGUCCUCAAUCACCAAUGGGACCUCCCGGCCGUCCUCAAGGACGUCCGAUGAGCCCAGGACCUCGAGCGCAGUCACCCGGUCCCCGUAAUGGACCGCCCAGUGGCGGACCCAUGAGUCCUGGACCUCGUUCUCAGUCACCUGGGCCUGCUGGUGGCCGUUCACAAAGCCCGAGCGGGAUGAACCGAAGACAUAACCCCCCUGGACCCAGCCCCAUGAAUCCUUCUCAAGAUCCUCGCUCGGGGCCAUCUUCUUCGGGCUCUCUUAGCAGGAAACCCGUACCUGGCCAGGCGUAUUGAACGGCUUACAGCCGUUGAUGGCCCUGUAUGAAACAGUAUUAAAAGGAACGGCGUUCUGCGGUACCAUGGAGAGACCCUGAGCAUUAUGGUCUGCUCACGCUUCUUUACUCUUCUGGUGGAUGAUUUAAAUUACUUUCGAACUUCUUGUCACUCACUUGAC